AAUUCAGGGAAAUUUACACCCAUUCGAGUUAAAUUAGUUAUCAACAAAUCUAUGUAUAAAUUGAUUCAUUAUUCAUAGAUUUUGUAUAUUAAUUAUGAAUCAUCAUGAAGAAUUGUACAAUAUUCAUAGUAUUAGAGAAUACAGUAUCCAAUUUAAUGGCAAGCAGUCGAUUAAUCAAACGUUAUGAUUUGAACACGUUAAAGGUUGAAAUUGAAUUAACUCUUAAAAAACCUACUUUAUCAGAACUUACUCAUUAUUAUCGUUUGAAUCGUUUAAUUCAAGUGAUCAAUGAAAAUUAUCAUUUCUAUGACAAUUUAAUUAAUCAAUUAAAAUGGUUACAUACAAUGAUUAAAGAUGAAAGUAAUAAAAUGAAUUUUAUCAUUGGAAGUAUAUUAAAAUAUAGAAAUCAAAAUAGUAAUGGAAUACCAGUUGUAUGCUACAUAUUCAAGAUAUCCAACAUAAUGGUUGAAAUAUGUGAAUCAAGAAAAUCAUGCAUAUCAAAUAUUAUAAACAAUCGAAUGGUUGUUGAAUAUAAUGAUAAUAAUAACUUGAUGAAUUCAACUAUUGAUUUGGAAAUAUUUAUAUCGGAAUUACAUGUUUUAAUGGAUUAUUUCUUUGAGUAUUUAUGUUAUUUCAUGGUGAAUUUACGUAAUCAAAUUUCAGCAAAUGAAAAUUUCAUUCGUUCUUUUACUUCAACUUCUUUUACGAUGUCAAUGAAAUCAUCCAACGUAUCAUCAUCAUCAUCAUCAUCAUCAUCGUCGUCGUCGUCGUCAUCAGCAUCACCGUCAUCAAGAAUGACAUGUCCAGUGAUUACAUCAAUUUCUAUAUCAAAAUUAAUUGAUGAUCUAAUAGACAUUGAAUCUCAUAUGCCUAUGAAAUAUAAUGAACAAUAUACUGAAGCACAAAAACGUUUAUCAAUAAGAAUCAAUCUACAAGUUAAUAAAAAUAAUGAAUGAAUAAGUUCGAUUAUUUUCUAAAAACCUACAUUUAAUAAUAAUGAUAUGUCUUAGAAACAGUUGUAUAAUGUAUUCUGUUCUUUUUAAUAUUCUCAUGUAUAUAUAUUCUAGCUAUUAAAAUAAUGUUAAAGUUGGUAAAAACAAUCUUGUGUAAAACCAAAGUGUAACAUUGUAUUGGGGGGGGGGCUGACUCGAAAGUAAUUAAGAAGAUUUGUAACUCAGGAGGACAUUUUCAGAGGCUGUAAAACAAUUCCUAUAUAUAUACGGAUUCUAUGUAACGAAAUUUCUUUAUUUCUCUUUGUAAGUAAUACUUUGUCUAUAACCCUUCUGUACUUACAUAUAUUACAUUCAUACUUUGUGAUUUGUUUGAAGCUAACAUUUGAUUGAAACUAGUCAAAAGGUUGACAUCAAAUCAGCAUUUGUAAUGUUAUUCAAAAGCCUUCACGGACGUAUACUAAGGUAAACCUUGGCUAUACGGAAAUUGAAACCACCUUUAUGUGUCCAAAAACAGUUUGUCCUAACACUUAACCUACCCUGGUAAUACUGAUUUAUUAUCCAGACUGUUAAUCACAUUGUCUUUGUGUACUAUAUUAUUAUUAUUUCUUACCUUUAACCUGUCUAGUUGACCUUUUAAUUUUCAUAUAAAAAUGUCUUAACAAGUAUGUAAUGUGUGAUCAGAUUGUUCGAAAUGUAUUGCACAAAUAUAUCACAUAAUUCUGAUACACUACAUCUUCUCAUUGCAUUAUCGAAAUGAAACCAACAUGGUAUUAAAGUAUUGACAGGUUCUGAAACUGACUAAAACUCAUCUGUGUUGUGAACUUUUUUUGGUUAAAAUAACUUUACUUAGAAGCGGUUGAGAUAUUGAAUCACUUUGUUUAUAUUUCGACUGUGUGAACUGAUUGAUUUUGUUCUAUAUUACUGAAAUGUAAGCACAUUUCUUGUUUGUUCUUUUUUUAUUAGGAUAUUUGCUGUUGAUAGCUAUUGAUUAGUCAUAUUUGUAGCAAAAUGAACUAUUCCAUCCUUUUACUUGUUGCCUUGACUGAUAGAAAUAUUUUUCCUAUUGUGAUAAUUGGGUUCUACCAAAUGUCUGUACUCAUUGAAAAAACGUAUUGUUCAGUAACUCAUUUAUACAUUCUUGUACGUUUUGUCAAGGAAGUUAUUAG